AUGACUGAUAAGAACAUGCAGAACAAUAAACAAGAAGGAUCAAAAAUUUUAGAUUCAAAUGAUAAUCUACCUUUUUCUCAAGUUUCUUCCGAUAACGAUAAUCAACAAACCCAAACUUCAAUAAUAGCACAUCCACCUAAAAUAUACACUCCAUCAGACACAAAUGAAUUAGCAAAUACCAAUUCAAAAAAGAAAUCUUGGUUUAACAUCUCAUCUAACGAAAAGCAACCUAUCAAAACUACAAAUUCUAAAAUUUCAACAAUUAUCGUUAUCGAAGAUCCUGACUUGACGAAAGAGUGCAAAGCACAUGGAGAGACCACUACGAAACAAGACAAUGAAAACCUUUCGAUCUCAGAAGAAUCGAUAAUAGAGAAUGAUCCUAGAAAUUGGAGUGCUGGCAGAAAGCGACUUAUUUUAUUUUUAAUCGCGUUCGCUGGAUUGAUUUCGCCAAUUGUGUGCACGAUUUAUUUUCCCGCUAUUAACGAUGUCCGAAAAAACUUAAAUACGAGCGAAGUGUUGGCUAACUCUUCACGUAGCAUCUGGUUCUUACUCGUAAUGCGGGCUUUUCAAGCGAGUGGCGCGUCGGCUGCAAUGAGUAUUGGCGCGGGAGUAAUUACCGAUGUUUUUAGGAUCGAAGAACGCGGAACUGCAUAUGGGAUAUUCUUUGUUGGACCUUUAAUUGGACCGUUGAUUGGACCUGUUAUUGGAGGAUAUCUUGACGAAUAUCUUGGUUGGCGAUGGAUAUUUUGGAUGUUGGCAAUAAUAGGAUUCGUCAUACUACUCAUAAUUUUCUUUUGCCUACCUGAGACAUUCCGUCAACAAUCAACCAUUCCAAAAAAAAGAUUCAAUCCCUUUACGCCUUUACUCUUACUUCGUUACCCAUUCGUCUCUAUAAUAGUCGCGUAUGUGAGCGCGGUCUGCGUGCCAAUAUUUAUACUACAAACGCUUGUCUCAACUUCAAUCGCUAUGCAGUAUAAUCUUUCGUCUGCCAAUAUUGGAUUAGUGCUGAUCGCUAACGGAAUCGGACUUAUAAUUGGAUCGGUGCUUGGUGGUAAGUACUCGGAUUGUGUACUGAGGCGCGCGAAAAAGAAGUAUUGCGAGGAAUAUCCAGAGAUGAGAAUUCAGAGCCUUUGGCUGGGUGCUGUUAUGUUUCUGGCAGGUAUGUUGGCGUUUGGAUGGUUAGUGCAAGCUAACUUGGCAUUGGUUUGGGUUCUAGUGGCGAUGUUUAUAGGCGCGAUUGGCAUGAUGCUCGUGUUUUCCGCAACAGCCACAUAUUUAGUCGACGCAUUACCCACUCAAAGUGCUUCCGCUAUCGCUGUUUAUCAUUGUAUGCGGUUAAUCAUCUCAGCAAUUACUUCCGUUAUUGCGCAGCCGCUCGACUCAGCAAUUGGCACCGGUUGGACAUUCACUAUCCCAUCGAUUAUUUGUAUUUUCUGUACUGCCCUUGUUGCACUGAUUCCUCAUUAUGGGCGACAGUGGCGCAAAAAUAUGCUAACGGUCGAAACUUAA